UGAGAAUCAGCAGCGCUCUACAGCCCUGAAGAAUACCUUCAUCCAGGCAAAAUUUAUCUUCAAUUCAUCUUUGCCUCUGAAAAAAUAGGUUAGAUAAGCAGGUUUUGCUCCUUCACAAUUUGUGGAGGCUUAAUCUCUGCAGUGAAAACACAAACCUCUUUAGGAACCUCAGUUACAAACUCUGUGUAGAUUUGAUUUCUCCCUGCUUGGUUCCCUUUCACCACCUCUUGAGACAAAAGCCCUUCAAAAGCCUGGGGUCUGUGGAUCCCAGGCCACUGAACUAAGCUUACUGCUUUAUAUGAGCAGAAGGAUCUGUGUUCUUUCUUAAUCAAUCUUUGUGUAGUGGGGGUAGAACCAGCACCAAGGGCUGCUCAACAUCCCCAUCACCCUUGGGUAAGAGUGGAAGGAGCCUGCCCUGGGAAUCAGCAUUUCUGCCUGAAAUGCUGCAGAGGUGGUAGAAUGACCUUUCAAUGCAAGACAGCCCUUCAAGAAAUGCUGAAAGAUGGACUGAAGCCAGGAUAAACCCUAGAACCUCACCCUGCCAGAAGCAGCAGUAUGAAAGGAAGAUAGCACAAUGGGCACAUGUGACUGUACUCAGCGUGCCUUCUGGCAGCACUCCAAAAAAAAAAAAAAAAAAAAAAAAGGCAGGCAGACCUUCUGCAGGUCUGGAGCUGGAUAGCUUGGGCAACUCUGAUGCUGUCACAUGGCACGUUCUUUGAGAGUUCACCUUCUCUAGUCUCUCUUGAUUGUUUAAUCUUUGAAAGAAAUUAGAUACAUUGCUGUGUUUGUGGAGAGGAUUGCUUGCAAAUUCCUGUGUUUUGAUAUGAAUAUUUUUGCACAACCAACUAAUCUUUUAAAAUGCUAGCGAGCACUCACAAUGACAGCUCCUCAGCCUGUUCUCAUUGAGUGCUUUCCUCCUAGCUUCAGAAGGUCUGAGGGGCAAGAAGGGAGCUGAAAAGUUUUAUUCCUAAUUUCCACUAUCACGAGCAAACCUAUAACGUGGACAAUGCAGAGUUACAGAAGAACCUUUCCAUAAUCAAUGAUAGAGCAGUACCAUGUCUGAUUAAAGACAAUGUGAUCAGAACAAAAGAAAUUAUCUGAGAGGCAAGGGGGUAUCGGUGGCACAGAUGCAGGAUUUGCUAUUUUCACUUAGGGAUCUGUGUCUGCAGUUCUGGACAAGCAUCAACUCGAAAUUCACCAGCACUCAAAAAGAGUAUUAGCAGCUGUUAGGAAAGGCAUUACAAUGGAACAGGAAACACGAUUGUGACACUGUUAAAACCCAUGGAACGCUUCCACCUUGUGUAACUGUGCAGGUAUCUCAUCUUGAAAGAGUUCAACAGAGUUAGAAAAGUUACUGAGAGCAAUAAUAGAGGAUGAUCAGUGGUGUAAAACCACUUCUGUGAAAAUGCAUUAUAUAUUCUCAGCUUGGAAAAAAAGAGAAGGAGGCAAAAGGAGCAAAGUGUACUCAUCAGGACUGGCGUGGAGAAGGCUAACAGAGUAUGUCUGUUUACAGUGUCUUCAAAGAUAAAAGGAAGCAGACAUUAGCUAAAAUUAUCUGGUAGCACUUUUAAAGGGAGAGGGAAAGUACUUCUACGCAAUAUAGAAAUGAGGGUGGAAUGCCAUGCUGCCCAGAUAGCGCCAUGAAAACCUGAAGGGGUACAAUGAGAAACUAGAGGAAUGAGUGAUAUCAAAGUUCAUCAAAACUCACAACGUGCCAGGCAGGCUUUACAGGUUCCUAUCAGUUCCAAUCAGACCUUAUGCUUUCUCCUUGGGUUUUCUGUACCAUAAGCUUAUUUCUCUUUGUUAAGAAUUCUCUUAAAAAUCAAGGGCUGGGAAACCUUGAUUUCAAAAUGGAAAGGGAACAGAGAGUAUCUUUUGGUGGUGGUGGUACCUUGGAAAAAAAUGUCAACAUGUACACACAGCUUAUUGCAAACAUGGGGCAGCAAAUGCAAAUCAUUAAACUUCAGCACUGUAACGUUAGCACAUUUUGUUACACUUCUCUUUGCUUUGCCUAUAAAGGGAUGUGCACAUGAGGGUCUGUGUGUGCCAGGGAUUACAUUCCUAGGAGCAUAUUGGGUGUCUCUACUGGAAAGCAACAGCGUUGUGAAUCUGUGGAGUUAGGAAUAGGUUUGGGAUGCGGUGUCAGGGGAUGUGUAGGCUGUAGUCAGACACAGCUUAGGGAACAGGAGAUGCAAGGGUUGCGGCUGGCCCAGUUUGAGAUCCAGACCUAAUGAAAUGAGAGGUUUAGGAUGUGAAAGAAAACGAGCUCUAUUAUGAAGAGUGCAAAAAGCCAGUGCAUUCUGAUAGCCUUUCUUCCUAAGUGGAAAGUGAGUAGAGUUGUCACUGAAAGGAUUUUCUGGAGAACAACAGAAACAUCAUGACUGGGCAGCACGUUAAUGCGAUGACAAAUCGAUGGUGUUGAAAUUUUCUGGGAAACUGUCGUGUUUUCUUAAUCUCUCAAGCCUAAAUGAGAUUGCAUAUUCUGGAGCCCUGCGUUAAUGUUCUCAUUAUUUGAAAAGAGGGGUUGAAAAAAAAAGUCAGUGUGUGCACAUGCGUGUGUUUUGUAGGGAGGGUGUGGGAAAGGAACGUCACUGUUACUGGAAAACAGCCCACCCAUCCAAGCUCCAUCCCAGACACAAAGUGAUUGCAGUGGGAAUACGAGGCCUUAGCACCACAUGGAGUGACUGGAAAGCUGAGGUACUCCAAAGUCAAGAGGCUGAGUAGAUGUCUGAGCAAAGAGGGGCACACGACAUGUGCUGCUCAGAGAAUGAGGAGAAAGGUGCUUGUCCUUUCCAUAAGUCGGAUGAUGGGUAUGGCUGUCUAUGGAGGUAGCUUGCUUUCCCAUCUCCGUUUGCCCUUGUUUCUAAAGAGAAGCUGUGGAUUGUGCACUAGGUGGUGAAAGGUCCCUUAUGGUUCUGGGGAAGUUGAGGUGUCACCAGGCGGGCAGAGACAGCCCUGUGUCAGGAAGCGUGCUGGACUGGCGAGGUGCGGUAACACUCGAUAUGGUCAGAGCACCUCAAAUGUGACUCCAGCCACCCUGACAGGGACCUGGCUCUGGUUCUCCCUAAAGACUUGCACUGCUGUUCAUCUGAGGCAGCAGGAUGUGGUGGGAUCGGCAACCGGCCCAAGAAGAGAGCAGUAAGGUAAGGUAAAGAUGUGGAGACAAAGGGCUAUCCAAGGAAGGGCAGGCAGGUCACAAUGCAGCCUGAGCACACCAGGCACUCUCGCUGUCUACACUCGAUGGAUUACAGCCAUCAAGUACCCCCCAGCUGUGCCGCAAAAUCGGAAAACAAUUGAAUUCUGUUUGCACUGCAAAGCAUAGGCAAGGUAGCCAUACAAAGAUGGAUUAAUAGCAGUUCUAUACUAGCUGGACAGCCAUCACCAGGAGCUGAUGAUGUGGAAUAAAACCUUUUAAGGCAAGCAGGAAAAGGCAAGCUCAGGAAACUGAAAAGAAACCAUGGGAAGUUCAUUUUCAGAAGAUCACUUGUGCAUCACCUUUCUGUUAUACCUGCCUUGAAGGACAAUGCUCAUUUACACUAAGUGUCUGUUUCUUUAGAUUGGAACAAAGGUUAUGUUUUCAUACCUGUUUGUACAAUUGUCUGGUGUAUACGGGAGAACUGUGGUGCACGUGACCGUAGAGGCUCAUAGAAUUUGCUUCUCUGGGGGAUCUCAAAAGUGCUUAGUCAGAUCUGUGAGCCAGUUAUGGCUGGAAUAAAUAACAAUAUCUCAAGUCUUGCAGUAAAAAUUGCCUUUCUCUGAGUGCAGAUCAAAAAAAAAAAACCACAUUGCAAAAUAACAUUCUUCUUUUAUCUACUUUUUGGUUGUUUGUUCAGAGCUUGUUACUGAAUUUUACCCCUUGCAGGCUAAAAAUCUUCACCAUCAGGAAAACCAUAGCAAAUUUCUGUAGCCUCUGGCAGACUAUGUCAAAGCAUGAGGUCCAGGAUCUGCAGAGUAGGGUCUGAGGGCCCAUCUGCAAUCAUUUUCAGGGAAACGAGGACUUUAGUGUGCCACCUCUAGUUAGCCUGAGAUGUAGUAGCAGAAAUCGCAUCACAAAGAGUCAUAUGGGUCAUUUUACCUGAGCUGUAACACUUGAAGAAAUGACACUUAAAGCAUGUCAUGUUCAGGAAGGUGGGUGCCUGUGGGGAACAGGUGCAGGAUGCCUUACCCAGGCACUGCAAGAGAGAAAGCAACAGAUUUAAUCCAAAGCAGAGACACUGAAAUAAAUGCAAUUCUUUAGCAAAAGUGUCUGAGAUAUUAAAGUCUUUUUCUUCAUGUGUUCAGAGGCAAAAUUACAAAAAGACUCUCUUAUAAGAAAGAAAUGGGCUGGCUGUGUGCUCAGGGAGGAGAAAACCAGCACCUACAUCUCUGUCCCAGGGAGAGAAAGAUGUCAUUUACAUCACAUUUGAGGAACUACAAUUAUUCAUGUCUGUUUUAGCUAAAUAGUCAUUUUUUUUUAUCCUGUAUAAUUACAGCUUCAGGAAGUCUUGCAUGUCCGGCUCAGAAACUGGUUAAAUCAGCAGUUUUAGCUUGGGUUUUCAGCUUGCCCCAGGGCACGUUCCCUAAAAUCUAGUCUCUUUAAAGUCUUUUACAUAGGUGAUAGUCUGCUGGGACAAGCUUCUAGUCAUGGGUCAGGAUGUGCAAAAGGUUGGGAUAAAUCAUCUCUCUGAAAAUGGACUCACAUUCAUUCUCUGUGACAUUGCUUGAAUUUCAACAAGCGCUCAUGUGUUUGCUUGCUUUUAGGCGGGACUCAAACAUAGCUAACGGCUUCUUGGUGCCCAUGUGGUCAGGUGGGGUACAGGCAGCAUGAUCCAGUACCACACCAAUAACUUCAGCAACGAAGUCAAGAAGAAAAGGCAGCAAAAAUCAAGUUUCUGCCACACAAGCAAGGAUGCGCUCUGCAGGAACUGGUAGUGCUGCUGCCUCCAUUGGCUUCCUUGCCAGGAUGACAGCUGGUGGUAGCUCUUAGCUUGGAACCUCGUAUGAACUUGUUGCACCAAUGUCAAAAGUUGCUUUAGUGAAUGUUUAAAAGUUUCUAACAGAAUUUCUUAGGUCAGUAGAUCUGCUCUUAUUCGUGUUUCUUUUCUUCUGUAAUUCUUUCUGAUUUUGGUAAUAAUUAGCAUAUGCACAUUAAUUCUGUGUAUGAUAAUUUUGGACGCCCUUUUAAGCGUGCCCCUACAAAGCAUACCCAGAAUGUCUCCUGGGUUCAAAUCCCUCUGCUUCAGUCACAAGUCACCUUAGAAAGCACCACGUAUGUUUGCAGAGCAUGGAAUGUGAUGACUUUUGCCUGUUGCAGCAGCAACGUGUACCCAGGUUGUCCGUGAUGCUGUGAAAAUGAGAGCACUAGGUGGGGACUACCUGAUCACCAGUAGUUGGUAAAAGCUUCUAUAACUUCAAAUGCAGCUGACUGCAGCUCGUUAACCUUUCCUCUCCCCAUAUGCCUUCUCCACAGCCCUGGGAGGUGUCACUGCAGCUGCACUGCAAGAGGGCAGGUGGUAGAGAUUGGAGCUUUUGCAGGGAAAUUCCUGUCAGCAGAAUGUUGGUUUUUCAAUAUCUCUUCUCUGUGCAUUUUCUGCUAAAACAGGAAUUUACCCAAAAUGGUAAAAGUGGCAUCCUAGGUUUUCUGGUGUGAAAGGCUCAGACUGGCACAGAAGCGACGGCUGGUUGUCUCCCUGACUCACAUCACAGACUGAUCGACUGAUCAGGUGGUGAAUGGGGCUCCCCUCAGAGUCCGUUGCUGCAGAAGCUCGUGCAUGUGUCUGGCAGAAGAGCUGAGAACCCGCAGCAGGAGAAGACACCAAGGCAACAGAACUGUGCAUAAACAUGUUGGUCUCUGCCUUGCUCUCCUGCAUGGCGUUAGGUGAGUGCACUCAGACCUGCACUUUUCCAUUUCUGGAUGUCCAGUUUUGAGCUCUCAUGGUACGAUGGCAAGAGACACCGAGCAAUACCGUCACACACAAGUCAGAGGCAACAGAAUUCAUGCUUCACAAGUUUGCUUUCCCUUGCUAUCAAGUGCUUGACUGUGUAGUCAUCAUAAAGCUCUUUCACUGUGAAGAGAACGCAAAUGCGGAAGAAAAGAAAGGGAAGAUGAAAGCAAAAAGAAGGACAUAAAUAUGAAAAAUUAUAAAGAAGAGUACUAGUCUGAAAAGUCAAGAGAAUGGUAAGAGAAUUGUGUGGGGACAGUGGAAUAUGAAAUGGAACUGGAAAGAUUCUUCUAGUCUUUGUCCAUCCUUUACCCUUCACCUAUGUCAGCAAUGAAAUGGACGCGUGAUAUUUCAGAAAGAGGAUCCUAGAUGACAAAGGACAGAAGAAAGGGAAGUGUUCUUCACUUGCAUUCUGGUCCCAGGAGUGUGGGGUGUCUCUCACAAAGUACAGGAAAAGGAGGUCAGACCUGCAUUUCUCCAGGAAUGGGAGAAAUUGUGUGGAUCGUGCUGUUUGUGAUGGUUUUCGUCAGCUGCAGUGCCCUCCUGGACCUGUCUGGUGUUCACUGGGUCAAUGCCACGUGGAUGGGAUCCACCACUAUACCGUGCACCUACACACUCUCAGAAGGCUUUACCCUGCAAACGCUCAGCUGGAGCAUAGAGCGAGACUAUAGCAUCUCUACCAUAUUUCGGAGGGAUGAUUCUGGUGACCACAUCUUGUUGUCUCGGUUCCGAGGCCGGGUCAGCAUCCCAAAGCACAGCCCAGGGAAUGCCUCACUCCUCAUUGAGAACCUUGAAAUCCCUGACAGCGGACACUACACCUGCCAAGUCAUCUGGAGGUCUGAAAACAAAAGCUUGAUAACAAAGGAGGUGACCACUACAGUUAAAGUUGUCAAAGUGCCAGCGACAAAGCCCAUCGUGCGGGCGGGCGAGCCGGGGCUGUCGGUGCCGGCGGGAUCCAGCGCCAGCCUGACCUGCGAGGCCAGCGGGUCGCCCCCGCUCCGCUACCGCUGGUUCCGCGGCACCCCGGGCACGGCGCCCCGGCUCCUGCGCAGCGAGUCCGAGCUGGCGUGGGGCAGCCUGCGGCCCUCCGACGCCGGGACGUACUUCUGCGAGGCCGAGGGCAGGGUCGGGGCUGCGCAGCGCAGCGACGCCGUCGAGCUGGUGGUGACGGGUGCCGCCCCCGCCGUGCCGACCCCCGUGCCCUACGCGCUGAGCGCCGCGCUGGGCGCCGCCGCCCUCGGAGCGAUCCUGGCCGCGCGGCUGCGGCGGCGCCGCUCGGAGCCUCUCUAUGAAGUCGCUUUCCGCAGCAGCGCAGAUGUCACAGGAUUGGGAACCGAUGAGGAAGCCCCCGUGAAGUGCCUACACAAGGAGACAAAUGUGAAGUCUGAAACAUCCAAUGACACAUUCACCAUGAAAGACAGCAGCCAUGGCAGCAUAAGUGUUGGGAAAAAACAUGAGUAUGAGAACCUGAUGAGUGCAAUGGAGUUAGAGUAUGAAAUGGAAAAGCCUGAGUAGCAUACCAGCUUUUCCACAAGUGGCCAUGCAGGGCUGUGGAUAUGGAGUGGUGAACUUUACCAAAGGAAACUCUUCUUCCUGUCUGCCUUCUACUCUGAUACCUACGCCAGUCUCAUUGCUUUCCUUGACCCAGGGGAAUGCAUGGCCUUCGUGGGCUUUGGCAAUGGGGCCCUGCCUGCGGGUUCAUGAAACCUCAGCCCAGCGGUUGUCUGUGUGCUUCUAUAGAGCUGGUAAUUCGUGAGCAGCCUGAAGUGCCCAAGUGAGGGAGAGAGGAUCUGGAGGAGUGGCAACACAAAUGCUUUUCACCUGCAACCCAGAGUGUAGCAGGGCACAAUGCUGCUGGCCAAUGACACCGGCAAGGGGCACUUAAGAUGCACAUUCCCGUGGUAGGACGUUCCAGAUGGCGAGGAGCAAGUGCUUGUACUGGAAAUGGCUGAUACAGCUCAACCAAAACUGUCUGUACAUCCUGCUUGUCCUUGAGUCUUUUUUGGUAAAUGGUUAAGGGGGCUGAUGCCCCAGAAAGUAAUUUUUGCUGUCAGACUGGAGCUCAUUUAUAGAGGAAGAGGGAAUGUACCUGCAGGUGAUGAGCCUCCUUACUGCCACCUUCUGUUUUUCUCCCGGAAAAGCAGAAUUGGUGUUGGAAAUGCUUGCUUUUCACUUUUGCAAGGGCCUGGGGCCAGAGGUGUAAUGAGACAGAGAAAUUUGUGGCAUUUGGAAUAAUGAUUAAGGGACCUCCCUGGGCGCCACAGACCAACACUGAUUUUUUUCUGUGAGACACGAGUCAUUCUGUCUGAUUGCAACAGGGAUGUUAAUGCUGACCCACAUUAGGGGGAUGCUGAGAGUGCUCAUGUUGGUAAAAUGCCUUUAAAAGUGCUUGAUUAGCAAAACAUAUUUUCUCUCCCAGGGCAAAUACAAAAGGCUCCAAAGGAUUUUGUUGCAUAUCAAUUCCAACUUCCUUGGUAGUUCACUAUCUAGUGUUGUCAUUUUUCUGUUACUUGCAAAUUAUGCUUGACCUGAAGUCUUCCAUCUUAACUCCACAGAACUGGCAGGAGCACAGUUGUGGCCAUGGUUUGGCUUGGAAGUUUUGCUUAGGUUUCCCUUUUAAAGAGGAGAGGACAGGAGGGUGCAUCAGUUCAGCCCCCUCACCAGACUCCUUGCGUGACUGCACCUCACCACAGCCCCCAAAGCUUGUUGUCAGCUGGGCUGUGCGCUUAGCAUCUUUGACUGCAGUGCAUUUCCUGCACCCCUGCUCUGUUACCCAACAGUCUGCUUGACUUCCUCCUUGUUAAUUUUUUCCAUUUCACGUGGUAGGGCGUUGAGUGCUCUGCCCUCCGUGUCUGUCGGAGAGCUCAAGGCAGCGUCAGUCUGUCCUACAGACUUGGUGAGGAGGGGAGAUGCCAUCUGGCUUUGUCAAGGCAAAGGUGCAGGGAGAGUUAUCAGCUUUUAUUAAAUCAGUCAGCGCAGUUAGGGAAGCAUGGGGCCACACAAACCCACCCUGGCAGCACUGCCUUGGACGCACAUGGCUUUCAUCUUUUGACCAUAGAGCUUCCUUUCCCAGAUCAGCAGCCCAUAGCAGGUUCACGCAACUUUUCAUGGCCUGAGCACUAGGAAGAGCAGCCGCACUGUUUCCUUUAGUGCUCUGAAUUACAAGUGACACCUCUUCUUCAGGGCAUGGGAUGAUUAUCAGGCAGCAUCAGAGAGAAAAAUCUCCUGCCUGGAUGAUGAAGGUCUUGGGAACACAGCAAUGAACACGCAGGAGCAGCUGUGCUGCAGCACCAGGCAGCCCUGCCUGCCCUUGCAGGGGCUAUGGCAGCACCAGGCAGAGCCCAGGCUCUCAGAGCCAGCCUAGACGGAGAGGAGGGGAGCUGUGCCUGUCCAAGGGCAAGAGCACAGGGACUGCUAGAAAUGUGUGUGAGGCCUCUCAGAUGAGGGAAUCCACCCCACAGAGUCACGUUUCUGCUGUUGCUGGUGCACACAGUCCCAUCUUGGGGACACUAGGCUGUACAGCAGGUACUGCUGUUGGCAGGCUCAGGAUGUACCCAAAAGAGAAACACACAGCAGAGAGCUGUGGCCAUGCUCACACAGCACAGAAGCGUGUGAUGUGGGGCCAAUGCUACUUGGGAAGGGAACUGAAAAAUUCUCAGCUUCCCUAUCCUGAAAGGGUUUGGCUUGUUCAGCCCGAAGAAGGCUCCAGGUGGACCUUACAGCAGCCUUCCAGUACUGAGAGGGGCACCAGGAAUCCAGGGAGGGGCUCUUGAUGGGAAAAUGCAGGGAUAGGACAAGGGGGAACAUUUUUAAGCUGAAAGAGGGGAGAUUUAGAUGAGAUCUUAGGGAGAAACAUUUUCCUAUGAGGGUGGGGGGGGUACCAGUGAAGGUUGCCCAGAAAAGUCAAGGCUGCCCCAUCCCUGGAGGUGUUCAAGGCCAGGUUGGAUGGGGCUUUGAGCAACCUGAUCCUCUGCAAGUGCUUGGAACUGGAUGGCCUUUAAAGUCCCUUCCAAUCCAAACUAUUUCAUGAUUACAUGAACCUCAUCUC